UGCUUGGCAGACGCACGCCAUUCGAGGACGAAAAACACUUGGAGAAAAAAAAUCCAAAAUCGGAAUCGGAACCCUAAUGGAGCAAGAGAUGAAGGAGAAGAUCGAGAGAACAGUGCGAGAGAUACUUGAGGAAUCGGACAUGGCUGAGAUGACGGAGUCCAUGGUCCGUAAACUCGCGUCGGAGAAGCUCGGCGUCGACCUGUCGGAGAAAUCGUAUAAGGCGCAUGUUCGGCUCGUAGUGAAUUUGUUCCUCGACGAGCAAAGGACGAAGGAAGCUGCGCAAGCGGAGGAGGAGGAGGAAGGAGAGGAGGACGCUAGAGGUGCUCCCAAGGAUAAGGAGUUGGACGAUGAGGGCAAUCUCAUCAUUUGUCGGUUGUCAGAUAAGAGAAGGGUGACAAUUCAAGAGUUCCGAGGGAGAACACUUGUUUCGAUCAGGGAGUAUUACCAGAAAGAUGGCAAAGAACUUCCCACUUCUAAAGGAAUAAGCUUGACGGGGGAUCAAUGGUCGGCAUUCGAGGAAAACAUCCCAGCCAUCGAGAAAGCUAUCAAGAAGAUGGAAUCUCGAGUUUGAGAUCUUCGCAUUAUUGCUAAAGCCGUUCAAAUCCGCUUUCCAGAACCUGUAAGUUUCUAUUUUGUAGUGUGUGAAUGAAACCCGCAUGCGUAUUUCGGUGGUAGUCGAGGUGACACUGUAUGUGUGUGUACAAUAUCACUUUUUUUUCUCACAAUGAAAUGUCAAAAUAAGAAAGAUCCUAAGCUGUGAUGACUAGAGGAGUUGAAGUUCUUUUGCUGUUGGAUACUUUGUUCGUUAAUUGGUUAUAAUUUUAGGGUUGA